AAUUCUCCAUCUCCAAGUACACCUUAAUGACUGGAACCAUCAUCGUGGUCGGAGGCCCCGCUGGCACCGGCAAAACUACCGCUGCUUCCAAGCUCUCAACAUACUUCGACUGCCCAUACGUCGAAGGUGACGCCUUGCAUCCCCAAGCCAAUAUAAUCAAAAUGUCCAAAGGUAUUCCCUUAACAGAUGAUGACAGAUGGGACUGGCUCAUCACCUUGACGGAACAGACCGCCGUCAAAUGCAAGGAAGAUCCCCACAAUAUCGCCAUUGUGACGUGCUCGAUGUUGAAGAAAUCAUAUCGACAAUUGAUCAAAGACCAUGGAAAGUCGUUCAACUUUGUGUUUUGCUUCUUGUAUGCCUCAUUCGACGAAUUGGUCAACCGUGUGGAAAAUAGAAAGAACCAUUAUAUGAAGAGUGAUAUGGUGAAAAGCCAGUACGAAAUUAUGGAAGUGCCUGAAGGUGACGAAUUAGUUGAAAAUGGGGGCGACUGCUUGGCUAUUAACACUACUGGUAAGAGCCUUGAUGACAUAUUUCAGGAGAUUUGUAACACUAUCCGAGUGGGUAGGGUGAUAGAUAAAUAGAUUAAUGAACAUACGGG